GUUAACCGGAAACGCGGACAGCCGGAGAACGAAGCGGACUUUUGAUUAUCGGCUGACCUGCGUGUCCGUAUUGCCAUGUCCACGGGACAUCCCAGUGCUGAGCAAACAGAAACACCCCCUUAUCCCGCCGCCGCCUAGCUGGUGGCAUCCACAUAGGUGACCAUGGUGCGCCGGGCCUCGAGUGUUCCGCAUCUAAACAGUAGUGGCGGCAGCAGUGCGGAUAGCGCCGGCACGUCGGGAAGCCGCCGGGGUCGGGCGCCUGUGGCCGGUUCGCGCGGUCGGAAGGCGCCCUCUUCCACCUCCACCGGCCAGAAUCAGCGGCAGAGCUCCGGGAGCAGCAGCAGUGUGCCGCGAUCCCGCAGUCUGACCAACGGCAUGCGGCGCCUGAGUCCGCAGAAGGGAACCGGGAGCAGCGGCGGGGGAGGAGGUAGCUCCCGGAAUACGCCGUACUUCCUGCGUUCACGCGAGAAUGAAAUUGGUAGUGCUGACACCCUGGAAAUCGUGGCGUCCAAAUCAACGGGCAGCGAGGAGUGCUCUACGCCCGAGGAUAAUAUCAAUGUGGUGGUUCGAGUGCGUCCGUUAAAUGAAAAAGAGAAACGGGAUCGUCAUGGAUCCACGCUUCAGUUUCCCGGAAACGGACAGGUUAUACUGGAGGGCAAUGAUGUGGGUCAGAAGAGGUCCCAUAAUCGUGACAGCGUUCGCGUGUUUACCUACAACGUGGUAUUCGAGCCAGGAGCCACGCAGGAGGACAUCCUUGACUACUCGGGCAUCAAACGCAUCAUCGAAAUGGGCAUUGAAGGAUUCAGUUGCACCGCGUUUUGCUACGGACAAACGGGAUCCGGCAAAACGCACACGCUCACCGGACCCCCGGAUUUGUUCGUUGGAAAACCGAACCCUAAGGACCCGCGACAUGGCCUCAUCUUCCGCUCGUUUUUGUAUCUCUUCCAAUUGAUUAAGAAUCGCAAGGACGUCAACUACGUGCUGAAAGCCUCCUUCAUGGAAAUCUACAAUGAGCGGGUAAUCGAUUUGCUCAAUCCUGGAAGUGCGCGGAAACCGCUGGCAGUGCGAUGGUCCAAGAAAUCGGGUGGCUUCUUUGUGGAGAACCUUUUUACGGUGGACUGCGAGGAAUUGGAUGACCUGCUGGCUGUUCUGGAAGAAGGUAUGAGAAAUCGAGCCGUUGGCUCUCAUGCCAUGAACGAUCACUCCUCGAGGUCCCACACAAUCCUGACGGUCCACAUCCUGUCCGAUCAGCAGACGGAUGGUGGGGUGUUCCUUUCCAAACACGGAAAGAUCAACUUCGUGGACCUGGCUGGCAGUGAGCUGACCAAGAAGACCAUGAGCGAGGGAAAAACCCUGGAGGAGGCGAACAACAUCAACAAGAGUCUCAUGGUACUGGGUUAUUGUAUCUCCUCACUGAGCGAUUCCAAGAAGAGAACUGGACACAUUCCAUACCGAGACAGCCAGCUGACCAAGCUUUUAGCGGACAGCCUGGCGGGGAACGGCGUUACCUUGAUGAUCGCCUGCGUGUCUCCAGCUCACUACAAUCAUGCUGAAACGCUGAAUACCCUGCGUUAUGCCUCGCGGGCAAAGAGGAUACGCACCAAGCCAGUGAUCAAAAUGGAUCCCAGGGAGGCACUGAUCCUUAGUCUGAAGAGGGAUAUCCAUGCGCUCCAGAUGGAGAACGACCACCUUAAGGCGGCUCUGAAUCUUCACCAUCAAACGGCACCGAACGGAGGGGCUGCCGAAAACCUCCUCGAGCUUCAACUGGAUCGCGUGAGCAGCGGUGGAGGAGUGCCGGUGCCCAAAGUGGAUCUGCAGCGACUACCAGAGCUGGAUGGCUCCGAACUGGCCGAGCUUGUGAAACUCUACAUGGUGGAGAACGAGUCCCUGCGUCAAGAGAACAAUCACUUGUUCACCGUGCGGGAGACCAUCCUGAGGGAUCAGGAGAUUGUCUGCCGCGAGAAUGAGCGCCUACUCAAAAAACUGGAGGAUGUUAACAAAGUCUGUGUCCGUUCACCUUUAAUACCGGCACGUCCGGCAAUAUCUCCAACCUCAGGAAUGGAAACUCCUGGCACUGAGAUAUGGACCAAUCCCGAGCCUCUUCAAUCUCCACCAGGAUCGGAUUUGCCCAUUGAGCAGCGAAUAUCGGAAAACGCUGAUAGAAGGACGGAUACGGCUCAAAAACGAAUCGAUCAGCAUCGCAUUGCUAAAAAUAUUUUGAUUAUGGCCAACGCAUUCCGGAAACCGGAUUCCGAUUUGGCAAAGGAGUUGAGCAUUAAUUCAGAAAAGGCAAAGCAGUCAACCGGUUUUAUGCCUGACAUGCUUACAUAAUCAAAUUAAAAAAAA